GUCGUCGCUGGGAAGUACGCGCCGUCGAGUCCAGCGCGGCCGGAGCUCAGAGACGCCACCCGGUGCGCGCCUGCUGUCGUUUCUCGUGUGCUUCUGUGGUCGCCCGGAAACGAUAAACGGGGCACGUCGUUAUCCCAUCAGCGAGCUAGCUAGCCGGGAGGCGGCCAUCGUCCGUCCGUCCGUCCGUCCGUCUCUUCCGAUGACCGAAACAGUCUUUUAACCAACAUGCUUCGGUGGAUUCUCGGCGGUCGGGAGGCCCAGAGCUCAGUGGAGAAAAGCCAUGUGCUGUGCAUUGGAGAAGAACAGCCCAAAAACUGGUUCACUGAGUUGCAGGUGCUGAAAGGACAUUUUGACAUUGUUCGAUUUCUGGUGCAGAUUGAUGACUUCAGGUGUGCCUCAGCAGGAGAUGAUGGGAUGGUUUUGGUGUGGAACGUUGAGACUGGAGAGAAGUUGUUGGAGUUGAAGGGCCAUUCUCAGCAGAUCACAGCCAUAACCACCUUCACCAGAGUCAUCGGAGACGCACGCCACACCUCGCUCAUUACCGCUUCCUCGGACCGCACCCUCAGUUUGUGGGACCCUUAUACAGGCAACAGGGUUCAGACAAUUUCAGAUCUUCAGUCUUCUGUAAAGUGCUUGCUGGUGCUGGAGCGCCUGUGUGUGUGGGUCUCAGGUGGGGAUGAACUGUGUGUGUGGAAUAAAGACUUUCAGCUGCAGUGUCAGAGGCAGAGCCACAGUGAUACCGGUAUAACUGCUGUGAUUGAGCUGCCUAAGAACUGUAUGGCAGCAUCCAUGGAUAAAGAGAUAGUUAUAUACAGACUGACGGGCUCUACCGAGUCCUCACUGACAGUGGCUGAAAUCCGCUGUCUGUCUGACCACCAGGACAACAUCCGAGCUCUCAUCAACGUCAACGAUGAUGUGUUUGCCAGUGGUUCCCAUGUGGGAGAGCUGAUCCUGUGGGAUGCGGUGGACUGGAAUAUCGUGGCUUACGAGCACAUCCUUUGGGAGGAGUCUCAGGCCGACACCCUGGCUGAAAACAGAUUGGGUCUUUUCAAACCCAGCGAGAUGUCCAUUCAGAAUUUGACCACCAAUGGCAAGUUCAUCCUGGCGGCUGUGGGCAGUGGUCUGUAUGUGUACAGCGUUCUGACCAAGACUGUCGUGGCCUACAGGAAAACUGCACACGAUUCGAAUGUCUUACAUACCAUGCUGCUCUCCGACAGUGAGCUGAUAUCCUGUUCUGAAGAUGGCAGUGUCAGGAUUUGGGAGAUGCAAGAUCUGCCUUUACCCGCAGAGCCCGCCUCUCCAGGGUUCUUCGGGAUGUGGUCUUUUGGACGGUCCAGCAAGCAGGCAUGUCCUCCCUCAAAGAAGAUUAUGGAGCUCCCCAGCAUCAGAACCCUGGAGCUGAUGGGCGAUCUAAUUGGGCACUCUGGGGCAGUUCAGAUGUUUGUCAGUUUUGGCGAGAGGGGUUUAGUGACGUGCUCCACGGACCACCUGCUGAUUCUGUGGAAGAACGGAGAGAGGCAGUCACACCUCCGCAGUCUGGCGUUGUUUCAGAAACUGGAGGAGAAAGGAGGACUCUGAUGUCAAGGGAGGCACGAGGGACAAACGCCACCAGAGUUCACGAAUCAAACGUGGGUCGUUACCAGUGCCAGGAGGAGAGGCAUGUCUGUAUGCGUGCGAUGUGGAAAAAAAAAUGAGAAUAUGUUCGGUUAUCUUUGUGGGUAGAAAUCUUCAAGUUCAGCUUGUAAGAAUAUCCUCUCACAUGGUCAGCAAAAUUCAUCCCACAUUUCAAGUCACCAUACAAAGGGGAAAUUAUGGGAAGAAUCGGCCUUUUUCUUCUUCAGAUCGCUUCCCUCAACACACACACACAACUGGCAACGAUGUUAUACAAAAGAUCAACACAAAGUCAAGCCAAGUUAUAUGACAUCCUUGCCACACCUCAGCAGUAACAGAAGCAUUGUGAUUAUAGUGAAGCCUAAAACAGAGAGGUGGGGACAUUAAGGCAUUUAGACCUCGCUCAACAAGAAAGUGACGACCUCUUCAAUUCAUCCUCGGCACGUCCGAGCCUUUCAUGUUAUAUUUCAAGGUUUUUUUUUGGAAAUAAAACCUUCAUGGCUUUGUCUUUUGGCUUCAUUCAGUUGACUCUCAACUGGAAGAGUAGCUUGGUUUUUGUAGGGAUGGGUAAAAAGAGUAAGGCACCUGUGAACAUGGACACUGCUGUUAGUAUGUUGCUGUAUCUGUCGUUUCUAGGUUUGACAGGACUUUAUCUCGCACCCAGGCCCUCCUCACUGGAGAUGGGGUGAGUAUGCGGUGUUGGGAGUAGACGCUGGAAGUUGCGUUGAGAUUACACAUCAGCCGGACAGACACCGGAUCAGAGCCACCUUGUUUUUUAGAGAUUAUUUCAGUACUGUAUUUAGGAUGGAUCUCCAGUGUGAUACGAGCUGCCACGGAUUUCAAUUGUGUUAACCCUAAGAUGAGCGGGCCCUAAAGGGUCACUUGUCAAAGAACUGCAUUAAUAUCUGCUGUAGUGAAAUAAUGCAUCUAAAUCCAAUUUGCAGUUGCAAAUUGAAAACCCAUACAGAUCCUUUCUUAAUCACUUUGCUCAUGGCCGAGAAGAUUUAAUCCGUCCCGAUCUUGUUCCCAAACUCAGUAAGACGAUCAGUAGUUUGCUCUACAUCUGACGUGGCUCCCUCACACAGUUCAUUCACUACUAUUCAUGCUAAUUUCUUCAGGUGUUUUUAUAUUUGGGAGUACAAAACUGCAAUUUUAAUCCCACUUAAUAGCAUCUAACUAGAUGAAGUAUUAACCUCUAAUAUCUGUGCACAGUUGUCAAGACACAUCGUGACCUCAACUGGUCGUGAACACUCUGACCUUGCCUCGUCAAUAUAAGUCUAGAUACAACAUUGUCUCCACGAUUUGCUCUUAAAUGCAGGUCUUAUCGUGUAACACGAUGGUAAUCCAUUCGACCACCUGAGCUCUACUAUCUUCACUAAUAGAAGUCUGCAUAGCCCUCGAAGUGAGCACAGGAAUCCAUCAGUAUGGUCCUGUAAUCCUGAUAGAAAGCGGUUCACCUGGGGACCGGUAUUUGGGUGAUAUGCUCUUAAGCCUUUCAUAGAACUAGAUGACAAUCCAUUUUUACAUUCACCAGAGACAGACCGACUUCCUUUUGACCUCUGUUAGUGGGACUGUGCUUCCAGGCUGGUGUUACUUUACAGAGCUGAUCCCUGUGUUGGGCUCCCUGUUCCUGUGGGGGUAUGGAGGAGCAUCCCUAUAUCAAAAUAUCAUAGCAGCUAUUAAACUGGGCCCUUAAGGGUAGUGUCCAUACGGGCGAACAGGAAUCUCACAUUGAAGAAUUUCAUCAAAAACUGGGUCCCGGACAAAAGAAUGUGGGUCCAGUCGACCUUAGUGCCAAUCUUGCUACAACAACACUUUACAGCUAACACCUCCUUUGGUAGGAGGAGAACAUCUCAUCCGAAUGGGGAAAGAGGUUGAGAGAUGGGCAUUAACUAAUAUCUCUUCAUUAUAUUAUGUUAUUAUAUUCAUGUUUGCGAUGAAAAAAAUAUCGAUACACUUGGGUAUCGCGAUACUUUUUGUGAGACUUAUCGAUUCUCAAAAUAACGGUUUACAUGCAAAUAUUUGUUGCAGUGGUUCAUUUUGUGCUGAGUAUAAAGCCCCGACUGUUAGAUAGCAGUGUUGUAUUCAGCCAUUCAACUCGUCCACUCCACCCUAACAGUGUCAACCGAGACAGGACGUAGUGUAAACACAAAGCACACAGGCCUAUGAAGUCACGAUGUAUCGCCUUGGUUACAGUAUCGUGAUAUAUUGACUCAUCACCCCUGUGUCGUGAUACGUAUCGUAUCACCCGAUUUUUGCCGAUACGCUGCCCUAAUAAAUGUAUACAAACACACGGUAACAAUUUCUGUUGUUACCGUGUUUACAACAUCGGUCACCGUCUUAUUCUCCG